UAAUGCAAUUUGUGUUACCUUUUCUGUACUGUACUGUAAUUAUUUCCCCCAAAAAACAUCUAUUCUUAUUUUUAACAGGUAAACAACUGUUUUUUAAGGUGCCACGAAUAACAUAUCGCGAGAAUAGCACAGCACUAUUUAGCCAUGAGCACAAAUGUGGUCACUGCACCUUUGAUGCGGUCCUCGUGAGUUCACUGACGUCUGUCACGUGCCUGUCAAACACCAUACCCUCGCGCAGCCGUCGUCAACACAACCCGCAAGACAACUGAGGAAGUAGCGACAAGAAGCUAACAAAAACUAACCGCUACGGCUAAUACUAUUUGAAUUAAGUUAAUUGAAGGUUGUGUUUUGUCUUUAUCGACACAGGAACGGACUGUCUUUGUUGGGGUUUCAGUUGGCGUAGAGUUAAGAGGGAACAAUGUAGCCGUUGCUCGCUAACUUCUAAGCUAGCAGGCUAACAAUCAGCUGUUGUUUUGGUCUGGAGAGCUAACUAGCUGGCUAACAAGCCGAGCUACAUAGCACUCACAGAAGUCCAAACCAAGAUUUCCUUCAUUCCCCCGUGGAAACAUUUAAAACUGCUCAGUCGGUUAAUGGCGGCACAUAAAGGCGGACCACCCCUAACAGACUAAUCAGCGGCCGUCAACAACUCCCUGUGGAAUCGAGUCAUCAGAGCGGUCUGUAAUUGGAGUCAAAAGUAUUGCUUCAAGAUGCACGACGCGUAUGAGCCGGUGCCUAUUUUGGAGAAGCUUCCUCUUCAGAUCGACUGUCUUGCGGCCUGGGAGGACUGGCUGCUCGUGGGAACAAAGCCAGGGCAUCUUCUUCUCUACAGAAUAAAGAAGGAUGCAGGCACCAACCGGUUCGAGGUGACACUGGAAAAAUCCAAUAAGAACUUCUCAAAGAAGAUUCAGCAGCUCUACGUUGUCUCGCAGUACAAAAUUCUUGUCAGUCUUCUAGAGAACAACAUCCACGUCCAUGAUCUCCUGACCUUCCAGCAGAUUACGGUGGUGUCCAAAGCCAAAGGUGCCACGCUCUUCACCUGUGACCUGCAGCAAACUAGCACAGGAGAGGAAAGGUUGAGAAUGUGUGUUGCGGUGAAAAAGAAACUCCAGCUGUAUUACUGGAAGGACAGAGAGUUCCACGAGCUGCAGGCAGACUUUGGUGCACCAGACAUUCCAAAGUCCAUGGCUUGGUGUGAAAACUCCAUAUGUGUUGGUUUCAAGCGAGACUAUUACCUCAUUCGGAUGGAUGGCCGGGGCUCCAUCAAGGAGCUCUUCCCCACCGGGAAACAGUUGGAGCCUCUGGUUACCCCACUGGCUGAUGGGAAGGUGGCGGUUGGCCAGGAUGACCUAACCGUAGUGCUGAAUGAAGAGGGCGUUUGCACCCAGAAGUGUGCCCUGAACUGGACCGACAUCCCAAUAGCAAUGGAGCACCAGCCUCCGUACAUCAUAGCCGUUCUUCCUCGGUACGUGGAGAUCCGGACGUUUGAGCCGAGGCUACUGGUGCAGAAUGUGGAGCUGCAGAGACCUCGCUUCAUCACCUCAGCCGGGCAAAAUAUUGUGUACGUCGCCAGCAACCACUUUGUGUGGCGCCUGGUUCCCGUGUCGAUAGCCACCCAGAUCCGGCAUCUCCUUCAGGACAAACAGUUUGAGCUGGCUCUUCAGCUGGCGAAGAUGAAGGAUGAUUCCGACGGUGAUAAGAAGCAGCAGAUCCAUCACAUCCAGAAUCUCUAUGCCUUCAAUCUGUUUUGCCAGAAGAGAUUUGAUGACUCCAUGCAGGUGUUUGCCAAACUGGGCACAGAUCCCACCCACGUGAUCGGGCUGUACCCAGACCUGCUCCCGGCAGACUACCGCAAACAGCUGCACUACCCCAACCCUCUGCCUACUCUGUCCGUGGCAGAGCUGGAGAAGGCUCAUCUCGCCCUCAUCGACUAUCUCACACAGAAACGUAGCCACCUUGUGAAACAGCUGAAUGACUCGGACCCUUCUAUAACGUCCCCGCUCAUGGAGGGCACGCCUACUAUCAAAAGCCGAAAAAAGCUCCUGCAGAUCAUUGACACCACCCUGCUGAAGUGUUACCUGCACACCAACGUGGCCAUGGUGUCCCCCCUCCUUCGUCUGGAGAACAACCACUGCCACAUCGAGGAGAGCGAGUACGUCCUGAAGAAGGCCCACAAGUACAGCGAGCUCAUCAUCCUCUAUGAGAAGAAGGGCCUGCACCAGAAAGCUCUGCAGGUGCUGCUGGACCAGUCCACCAAGGCCAACUCUCCGCUGAAGGGCCACGAGCGAACGGUGCAGUACCUCCAAAGACUGGGAGAGGAGAAUUUGGGAAUAAUCUUUGAGUUUUCUCCCUGGGUGUUGAAGAUCUGUUCUGAGGACGGCCUGAAGAUCUUCACAGAGGACCUGACCGAGGUGGAGACUUUGCCCAGAGACAAGGUGCUGAACUUCCUGAAGGAGGGCUUUAAGGAGCUCGCCAUCCCAUAUUUGGAGCACAUCAUUUACGUGUGGGACGAUAAGGGCCCGGAGUUUCACAAUGUGCUGAUCCAGCUCUACCUGGAGAGGGUCCAAGGCCUCAUGAAGCAGUACCUCAACUCACUGCCAGAAGGAGUUCCAGCUGUGUCUGCGGGGAAAGAGGAAGGUGAUCUGGGAGAGUUCAGGAACAAGCUGCUGUCUUUCCUGGAUAUUUCUACCAGCUAUGAACCAGCCAGACUCGUCAGUGACUUCCCCUUUGAUGGCCUGCUGGAGGAGCGGGCUCUGCUUCUGGGUCGGAUGGGUAAACACGAGCAGGCGCUCUUCAUCUAUGUGCACAUCCUGAAAGACACCCGCAUGGCUGAAGAAUACUGUCACAGCCAUUACAACAGUUCGGUCGAAGGGAAUAAAGAUGUUUAUCUGUCUUUGCUGCGAAUGUACCUGUCCCCUCCUGACGUCCACUGCUUGGGGCCCAUCAAGAUGGAGCUGUCGGAGCCUCAGGCCAACCUCCAGGCGGCUCUGCACGUCCUGGAGCUGCACCACAGCAAACUCGACACCACCAAGGCCAUCAACCUGCUCCCAGCAAACACUCAGAUCCGAGAGAUCCGGGUCUUCCUGGAGAGCGUCUUGGAGGAGAGGGCUCAGAGGAAGCGCUGCAACCAGGUGCUGAAGAGUCUGCUGCAGGCCGAGUUCCUCAGAGUGCAGGAGGAGCGGAUCUUCCACCAGCAGGUUAAAUGUGUCGUCACGGAGGAGAAGACCUGCAGAGUCUGCAAGAAGAAAAUGGGAACCAGUGCGUUUGCCAGGUAUCCCAACGGCGUGGUGGUGCAUUACUUCUGCUGCAAAGACCGAAACGUGUGCCCCACCGAGCAGUGAAGAAGCGCUCCACUUGACUGUUCACUCAUCAAUAACCCCCCCCCCCCCCCCACCCCACCC